AUCCUCUGCAUGGCCCGUUCCCCAUACCGAGACAAUAUCACCGCCACAAACCCAUAAACUCUCUCCCCCACUCAAAACCGAAGCACUCACAUCCCCCAACCCCACUGCAGCACCAACAGCCCUCCACGCAGCAUGGCGAUCCCACUCAACCCACCCAGCUCGAACACUACUACUAAGCUCCCACCAAAGGAGGACCACAGGGCAGAGAAGCGCCGCAAGAUCUCGGAGCAGUACGGCAUCGACAUUCCGGAGGAAGAUCUAGGUUCCGACACCGAGCCCGAGGAUGAGGACUACGCGGAAGCGCUGUCGCAGGAGUACCUGAACAAGAUGACAGACGACGUCGAGACGCCCGUGAACAUGGCAGACGAUCAUGUUUCUGAGACGAGCGAAGAGUUCACGCUUGAAAUCAAUCAGACGAUCCAGUCGCUCUCGCAGUCUCAGCAAGAGCAGGCACUCGUAGACGAUGACAGCGACGAGGACGGCGACUCCGAGUCCGAGGACGAUGAGCGAGCAAUCAAGUAUCCAAAGCUAUCAACCCUCUCCUCCGCCGCCUUCGCCCAAGAUCUAAACCCACGUGACCCAUCCCCGAACCCCAUCCCCGACAUCGUAGUCCACCCACCCGCAACCAUGCUCCCACCACCCUCCGCCCAAACCCCAGCAGGCUACUCCUCCACCUACCGUCCCUGCCGCCCAAACGACACCAUGUACCACCGCGGCUCAGCCGGCAUCGACCCUCUCGGCGCACACAAUCGGCUUACUCGCCCAGGACCGUCCAUCGAUGCCAUGCUAGCGACUCGUCCGCAUAGGAUCGUCUCAGGAUCGUUCGGCAGCUUCGAGCCUAGCCGCCCGUCGCGCUUCGAUGAGCGCGAGUACCGCUUAGUUGCGGCGGGCGAGAAGCGCAAGCGCGAGGAGAAAGUCAAGAAGCCGAGGGAGGCGGAUCCGUUCAAGGGGAAGCCGUGGCUCAAACGUAGUUGAGUAACCUUUGGAGGAUAAGCAUAUGACAUUGAUUCUGCUUGAGCACCAUGACAUCGUUUUAGCAAAAGGUGAAAAGCGAUGGCGUGCUCUUCACCUCUA